GGUUUCUUCCCGUUACAGCUUGUGUAAAGUGAAAGUGCAUGUAGCCGACAGAGCUGCGUUAAACAAAGCAUAUAUAUCUGUAUUUCGGCUACAAUUUGCUGGCCUGUCGUGUAGAAAUUGUUCUUUAAGUACAAUAAAAAGUAAUCGGCAAUUAAAGGAUGAAAAGGAAGAUCGACGCUGUCACUAUAUUACUAGUAUUGUUCAAGUCCGUUAUCAACUCGAAUGGUUUCCUGCUGCACAGCUAUGCUGGUCCUCUAACAGCCCGGCUGGGAGGAGCUGUACUGCUGCCCUGCUUUGUGGACAGACCCCUGCCUUUGGAGGAGCUGGAGGUGGACUGGAGAAGGACUGAUUCAGGCACCAUCGUGCACCUAUUCAUGGGGGGUCAGAGCAGACCUGAAUCACAGGGGGACGCCUACAGGGGCAGAGCCCACUUCUUCUCUCAGGAAAUCCCCAAAGGCAACUUCUCUCUGCUGCUUGAGGGUGUGAGGACUGCAGAUGCAGGAGUGUACAAGUGUGUGGUUUAUACAGAGCAGGAGAACCAUGAAACACGGGUGGAAAUACAUGAAGUAGAGUGGCUGGUGGUGACGGGUGCAGAUGAGCCUGUCUAUGCACAUGCUGGAGAGGAUGUGACUCUCAGCUGCUCUCUGGACACCCAUGUUAAUGUGACAGAGCUUCAGGUGGAAUGGAGAAAGACAGACAAUGACGGUGACAUCAUGGUGCAUCUGUAUGCUGAUGGAGAGAACAGACCAGAGUCACAGGAUGGGAGAUACUCUGGAAGAGCUGAAUUCUUCACUGAGGAAAUUCCCAAAGGAAACUUCUCAGUGAAACUGAGAAAAGUCAGGAUGGAAGACAAAGGAGAGUUCAGGUGUGAAGUCCACUCAGAUACUGAUUCUGCCAAUACAACUGCCAGGAUAGCAGCUCUGGGUUAUUCAUCCCUGCAUUGGCUGAUUCUGGGGCUGUGCAUCGCUGUCACACCUGUAGUCCUACUUACUGGUGCUUUAUCUGUCAGGAAUUUACACAAUAAAAGCAAACAGGCUCUGUUGAGUCACUGGUCACAUGUCACAGUUCCUCCAAUCGUGGUUUCUGCAGCAUUUAUCCUGUGGGGUGUAACUGAAGGAUCCGCAGGAGAGGCUGUUACUUGUGCUGUCAUCAGUCUGAUGAAUAUCCCACUGCUGUUUAUUAUGGCUCCAUAUGGGGACUUAACAGCCAAACCCCGUAAAUAUGUAUAUUUAUCAGGGACUUUUACUCUCCCUCUCCUGAAUUCUGUUGGCCUGGCUGUAGCAUUAAAACUCAAAGCAGAGACAGGAAAACAGCCACUGGAUCUACGGCUGAUUGUCCUCAUUUCUGGGUCUGUCUUCAUCUUUAGCUGCCUUAUUAUACAGAUGUCUGCAUACUGGUUGGAGAAAAAGACAAAAAUAAAAGAAAAAUUCGCCAUCUUCAGAGACCCAAAAAUUUUAAGCGUGACCAGAUCUCGUGUGACAGUCAGUAAAUGGAAGUCCUGUCACCCGCUGAUCUCAAUGGACCAAACACAAAGAAGGCAUCAGAUGACAAUGAGGAGGCUGAAGCAUCGUCCCCCCCUGAUCCCAAUGGACCAAACACAGAGGAGGGUACAGAGAUCAUAUGAAAACCAUGAGAUGGAGGUGUCAUCACCCGCUGAUAUGAAUGAACCCAGCAGAAGAGGGAUUACUGGGAGAAGAUCUACAGUUGAGGGAUUUUGCUGGGUAGCAGAUAAACAUUUCAGGGACCAAUUACUCAUGCAUAUAAGCAGUAUAUUAUUGGGGGAGUCAGGGCGUACUCACACUUUGCCUGGUUGCUUCGUAUCAUACCCGAAUCAGGGCUCGCAAAAUCGCUAGCCCGACGUCCCGGGGCUACUGUGUCUUCCAGUCGGGCUACCAAAAUCUAUCUCAGCCCUGCCCAUCGGGCUAUCAUAUGAAUUCUUUCGCAAACGUAGCUGGGUAAUUAUGUCAUUUUCGGGCAUCGAUGAGCCACUGUCAAUAUGUGAAAUAUUGAAAUCGCGUUUGAAUUCGCGUUUGUUUUUUACUUUCACUUUGCGAUCGUGAAACUGUGUAUAGAGAGCGGCAGUACAGAUUGGUCAGUGACGGAUUAAUUGCGCACCAAUUCCACUGACAUCGUUUUAUCAUACAUUAGCUUACUAUUAAAACGUGACAAGUGAAAUCUCCCGCAGCAAGCUUAAACAUGUGAUAGAGGUUGAUUGCGCUGAGAAAAAUAAUACAAAUAAAUGGAUUUACGCAGGUAUUUUCGUUCUGCUGAACCAA